AUGACUUUCUCUUCCAGGAAGAUGCUCUUCAGAGUUGUGCAGCUUCUUCUGAUGGUCCUCUUCAUUUUUGUUGCUUCUCCGGAAUCAGGAGUAGCUUGCAGCAGGCCAUUAUUCUUACAUCGUCACUGGUCGAGGGAAGAUGAGGUUCUCUGGCAGUUGCUUCCAAACGCUCCUGCUCCACCCUCCGGUGUUAUCAAUGGCUCUCUCUCACAGGAGGAUCCUCUUCACAGUUUUGCAGGUUCUUCUGUUCACCCUCGUCAUUUUUGUUGCUUCUCCAGAAUCUGGAGUAGCUUGCAGGCCAUUGUUCCUGCAUUAUCAAUGGUCGUGGAAUUAUGGCCUUCUUUUGCAGUCCCUUCCAAACGCUCCAGCACCACCAUCAGGUGGAGAUCCCACACAUCCCUAAGUCCUUCACGUUCAUUCUACACAGAUUAG